AUGCCCUCCUAUGAUUGGGAAUGGGUGGUGCGUGCUAGCAGGAAUGUGCGGAAGUGCAGUGAAGGAGCAGCUCUGCCCUCCUACGCUCCUCUGUUGGUGGGGAAAUGGGGGCGCAUGGAAACAGGGAAGGCGGAUGUGCAAUGGAGCAGCUCUGCGUUCCUAUGCCCCUCUGUUAGCAUGCUAACGGUGCACCUCCCUUCCACCGAAGACUUCAGUUCCGUUCCCCCUCUGACCUCAGCUCCCUUCCGCCUCUCUCAACACCUCCCCCCCCACUCUGCCCUCGACUCUUUUUCCCCUUCUGUCCUAAUCUCCCUUCCCCCAUCUGCCCUCACCACAGCACUCCCCUUCUCCCCCUGUCAGCACCCUCCUUCCCCCUCUCACAGCACCUCAACUCCAUCAUACGACGUGGCUUCCCUUUCCACCGCUCACAACACCUCCCUCCCACCCUCCAACCUCACCUCCCUUCCCCGCUCUAACCUCACCACUAUCCACCCUUCUGCCCUCACCUCCCUUCCCCUUCUGAAAGCAACCCCCUUCCACAUCUGCCCUCAAAACCCUUACCCCAUCCUACAUAUCCCUUCCCUCCCGUUUAGCACCCUCCUUUCUCCACUCAUUGCACCUCAACUCCCCCUUCUGACUCUCCUUUCCCCCUCUGACAAUAAUCCCUUCCCCCUCUUCCCUCAACUCCUUCCCCCUUCCUUUAUCACCACCCUUCCUAGUCUGACAUCACCUCCCUUUCCCCACUCACUGCACCUCCCUUCCCCCUCUCACAGCAUCCCCCUUCCUAAACACACAGCACCUCACUUCACCCUUUGGCCUACCAUGCCAUCCGUCCUCUCUCAGCUCCACCCUUCCCCCUCUGAUGUGACCUCCACCUCCCUUCCCCUUCCCCUAAACCCCCCUUCCCCCGUCUGCCCUCACCUCCCUUCCCAUUCAUCGCACACCUCCCUUCCCCCCUCUGAUCAAAUCUCCCUUCCCCCUCUCACGACACCUCCCUUCACCCUCUGCAAUAUCUUUUUUUCCCCCCUCUGA